GUCUACGAAGAUGUUUGACAAAACCAGCGACACGUCAGCUGCGCAUCCCUUGUUUCUCUGUCUCUCCUCUGUCUCCUGCGUUUCGAUGAAUUGUACGAGAAAACGCCUUCUUCCUCGAUUAUAGCGGUCUCUCCCUCCUCUCUCUAGCUUCUCUCUGUAGACAUAUAUAUACAUACAUAUAUAUCUUACCAGAAGCAGAAGCAAGAACCAACCAAUAUACGAAUGGCGGCGAAUUCGAACGGCCCGAUUGAUUCGGGUCGGGUCAUUGCGCCCCCCACCAAUCCAAUGGUCACCCCCCUGCUCACGGAUCUCUACCAGUUCACCAUGGCCUACGCUUACUGGAAAGCCGGCAAGCACAACGAACAAGCUGUGUUUGAUUUGUAUUUCCGGAAGAACCCCUUCGGCGGCGAAUACACAAUCUUUGCCGGUUUGGAAGAAUGCAUCAGAUUCAUUGCCAAUUUCAAAUUAACUGAGGAUGAUAUCGGCUUCGUCCGCGAAUCAUUGUCUUCUUCGUGCGAGGAUGGAUUCUAUGACUAUCUUAGAGGAGUUGAUUGUUCAGGAGUUAAAGUGUAUGCCAUUCCUGAGGGUACAGUUGUUUUUCCAAAGGUUCCCUUGAUUCGAGUUGAAGGGCCAAUUGCGGUGGUUCAAUUGCUCGAAACUCCGUUCUUGAAUCUUGUUAAUUAUGCAUCUUUAGUUACUACGAAUGCUGCAAGGCAUCGUUUUGUUGCUGGAGAAUCAAAGAACCUACUUGAGUUUGGGCUUCGACGGGCUCAGGGACCUGAUGGGGGAAUAGGGGCAUCAAGGUACUGUUACCUGGGAGGAUUUCAUGCAACAAGUAAUGUUGCAGCUGGGAAGUUAUUCGGGAUACCACUUCGUGGAACCCAUUCUCAUGCUUUUGUCAGCUCAUUUAUGAGUCCUGAUGAGAUUAUUGAUAAAUCACUUCAUAGCAGUGAUGGCCAGAGUACUUGUGAGGAUUUUGUUAGCCUGGUUCAGACUUGGUUAAGCAAGAUUCAGUGGUCAAAAUCAUUAAAUGGAACUUUUGGCGAGACCAAUCAAAGUGAGCUAGCAGCAUUCACAUCAUAUGCAUUGGCAUUCCCUAAUAACUUUCUAGCUCUUGUAGACACAUAUGAUGUUAUGAGGAGUGGAAUCCCUAACUAUUGUGCCGUUGCUUUAGCACUCAAUGAUUUAGGGUACAAAGCAGCCGGAAUUAGGUUGGAUUCAGGUGACCUAGCGUAUUUGUCAUGCGAGGCUCGGAAGAUUUUCUGCACCAUUGAGAAAGAAUUUGGAGUACCUUGGUUUGGAAAGACCAAUAUUACAGCUAGUAAUGAUCUGAACGAGGAAACUUUGGAUGCUUUAAACAAACAGGGUCAUGAGGUUGACUCAUUUGGAAUUGGAACCUAUGUAGUUACUUGCUACGCUCAAGCUGCUUUAGGGUGCGUUUUCAAGCUUGUUGAGAUAAAUAAUCAGCCUCGAAUAAAACUUUCUGAAGAUGUUACGAAGGUCUCCAUUCCUUGUAAAAAGCGGAGUUACAGACUGUAUGGGAAAGAAGGUUAUCCCCUGGUAGAUAUAAUGACAGGGGAAAAUGAACCACCUCCAAAGGUGGGAGAAAGAAUUCUAUGUCGUCACCCUUUUAAUGAAUCAAAGAGAGCAUAUGUGGUGCCACAGCGCGUUGAAGAACUUAUGAAAUGUUUCUGGCCUGGCAGCCCAGGUGGAGCAAGAGAAGAUCUGCCACCAUUAAAGGACAUUAGGGAGCGCUGCAUUACACAACUCAAGAAAAUGCGUCCCGACCACAUGAGGAGACUAAACCCAACGCCGUACAAGGUUAGUGUGAGUGCGGAAUUGUACGACUUCAUUCAUUUCUUGUGGCUCAACGAAGCACCUGUUGGGGAGUUGCAGUGAGUUUGUGAUAGCAAAAGGUGUACACAUGAAGCGGUAUACGUUUUUCAGCGCAAGUGACGAUUGAAGUAGUUCCCUUAAGUAGUCAAAAGCAUAUACAACAUUGUCGGAAUACAUAAUUUAGCUCAUUUGUGGAACGGUAAUUUACUAUUUUACUUGUUAAUAGAAUAAUUGUUGCUUCCUUA